AUGAAGAACACCGCCAUUCUCAGCGCUGCUGCCCUCCUCGUCCUCAGGGGCGUCCAGGCCCAGGACCUUCCCGCGUGCGGCCAAACGUGCGUCAAUAACAUGCUCGGACUUGCGGCUGAACUCGGAUGUGGCGACGUCCAAGGAUCCGAGCGGGAAGCCUGCCUGUGCCGUAACCCCAACUUCCUGUACGGUAUCAACGACUGCUCUACUGCCGUCUGCGCCGAGGACACCGAAGCCGCCGCGGCCGCCGUCCGUUACGGCCUUUCCUACUGCGCUGACCGUGGUGUCACCGUUGAGCCUGUCCCCGCUGGUACUGUCACCGAGGCCACCAACACUGAGACUGUCACUGCCACUGCCACUGGUGGCGGCGCCAAUGGCGGAGCUGUUCCCAUUGUCACCACCAUCGUUUCCGAUGGUACUACCCUAGUCUCCACCAUUGGAACCGGCACCGUCACGGGCACCGCCGGCGGCGGAGCCGUUGUUCCCAUUGUCACGACCAUCGUUUCGGACGGUACUACCCUGACCUCUACUGUUGGUACUAGCACCAUCACAGGCACUGCCGGCAGCGGAGACGACGACAGCAACACUGCUGUCGUCUCCACCUUCACCACUGUCAUCACCAGCGGUGACGACACUAUCACUUCGACCGGCGUGACCACUAUCGGAAUCAACGGCGUCUCUGGUGCCUCGCAGCUCCCUGUGACCACCGUCGCCGUGCCCGUCGUGACUACCAUCACCAGCGGCGACGACACCAUCACCUCUACGAUUGGCACUACCUCUGUUGUCUCCACCCUCACCGGCUCUGCUCUGACUUCGGCUCUUGAGAGCCAGGCCUCUGAUGCCGCCAGCACUGGUGGCGAUGACAGCAACACUGCUUCGGGCUCUGCUACUACCACCGACAGUGGUUCUACCUCCGAGACUCAGACUGGUGAUGCUGCCGCUUCCUCCACCACUGGCGGCGGUAACGACUCGGCCGGCAUGUCCCUCACCGCUCCUGCCUUUGGCCUCUUGGCCGCCAUGGGUGUUGCUGCCAUCCUCUUCUAA